UUUUAAAUCCAUUAACUUCCUUCCUCCCCUCCCGUUUGUAAUAUGCCUACUAGUGGCCACAGUUCAACUGAUCUGCAACAGUUUCAUUGCUUGUACUGGUGUUUUUAAUUCCCUCUGUAGGAAGUCUUCGGUCUUGCAGUUCAUCAGACUGCUUUAGUAAAGUGAUGCCUCCAAGGAAAAAGAGGAGACCUGCAGCAGGAGAUGAUUUAUCUGCUAAGAAAAGUAGACAUGAUGGUAUGUAUAGAAAAUACGAUUCGACUAGAAUAAAAGCAGAGGAAGAAGUCUUUUCAAGUAAGAGAUGCUUAGAAUGGUUCUAUGAAUAUGCAGGCACUGAUGACAUUGUAGGGCCAGAAGGUAUGGAGAAAUUUUGUGAAGAUAUUGGAGUUGAGCCAGAAAAUGUAGUUAUGCUUGUAUUAGCAUGGAAGCUGGAUGCACAAAACAUGGGUUACUUUACAUUACAGGAAUGGUUGAAAGGAAUGACAUCACUACAAUGUGAUACAACAGAAAAACUGAGAAACUCUUUGGAUUACUUGAGAUCUUUAUUAAAUGAGCCUACCAAUUUUAAACUUAUUUAUAGAUACGCGUUUGACUUUGCACGGGAAAAGGACCAGCGCAGUCUAGAUAUCAAUACUGCCAAGUGUAUGUUGGGGCUUCUUUUAGGAAAAACAUGGUCUCUCUUUCCAGUAUUUCACCAGUUUUUAGAGCAGCAAUCAAAAUACAAAGUUAUCAAUAAGGACCAAUGGUGUAACGUGCUUGAAUUCAGCAGAACAAUUAACCUUGACCUCAGUAAUUAUGAUGAAGAUGGAGCCUGGCCGGUGUUGUUGGAUGAGUUUGUGGAAUGGUAUAAAGGAAAACAGAUGACAUAGGAGUUGAACUAUGCACAGCCACUCAAGAGUCACUGUUACCACAGUUAUGUCAACCAUUAGCCAUAAACUGCUGUUUGUAUGAAAGUGCAUGCUGCUUCUCUUGCACUGCAUCCCUCUUGCAGGGAACUUUUGGUGUUUGCUAUUUAACAAGCCAGCUCUGCUUGCUGUGUAGCAUUGUUCUCUUUGAAGGCUGCUUUGCAUUCUGUAUUUACACCACAAAAUAGUGAACUUGCCAGCGUCUUCACUGUGAUUAUGUGUAUAUUGCUGUCUAAAUUUUGUAUAUGUGUAUAAAAAAAAGCUUCACCUAGGGAUUAUUUCUGCAGAAAUGUAUUGUAAAAAUAAUUUUGUGGCAUAUUUCUAAUCACUUAUGUUCAUUGAAA